CCCGCAGUCUCCUCCGCCCAGAGGAGCGCCACCUGAGAGGACUCGCCGGCCGGCCGCUUGUCUUCAGCGUGUCCCUCAGACAUGGAGCCCAGGAAGGUCAGGGAGGGUUACCUCGUGAAGAAGGGGAAUGUGUUUAACAACUGGAAACCCAUGUGGGUGGCACUGUUAGAAGACGGCAUUGAAUUCUAUAAGAAGAAAAGUGACAACAGCCCCAAAGGAAUGAUCCCCCUGAAAGGAAGUACUGUGACUAGCCCUUGUCAAGACUUUAGCAAAAGGAUGUUCGUGUUUAAGAUCACCAGCCCCAAACAGCAGGACCAGUACUUCCAGGCAGCUUACCUGGAAGAACGAGAUGCUUGGGUUCGGGACAUCAAGAAGGCCAUCAAAUGCCUUGAUGGAGGCCAGAAGUUUUCCAGGAAAUCCACGAGGAGGUCCAUUCGACUGCCAGAAACUGUUGAUUUAGGUGCCUUGUAUUUGUCCAUGAAAGACACUGAAAAAGGAGUGAAAGAAUUGAACAUAGAGAAGGACAAGAAGAUUUUUAACCACUGCUUCACAGGUAGCUGUGUUGUUGACUGGCUGGUGUGCAACAAUUCAGUGCGGAAUCGCCAGGAGGGCCUCAUGAUUGCCUCUUCACUGCUCAGCGAAGGAUACCUGCAGCCUGCUGGAGAUCUCUCCAAGACUGCAGCAGAUGGAACUGCUGAGAACCCUUUCCUGGACAACCCUGAUGCCUUCUACUACUUUCCAGACAGUGGAUUCUUCUGUGAAGAGAAUUCCAGUGAUGAUGAUGUGAUUCUAAGAGAAGAAUUCAGGGGGAUUAUUAUCAAACAGGGAUGUUUGCUGAAGCAGGGGCACAGGAGGAAAAACUGGAAAGUGAGAAAGUUCAUUCUGAGAGAAGACCCUGCCUACCUACACUACUAUGACCCUGCAGGGGGGGAAGAUCCCCUGGGAGCAGUACACUUGCGAGGGUGUGUGGUGACUUCAGUGGAGAGCAGCCCAGAGGGCAAGAAGAGUGAUGAGGAGAACCUUUUUGAGAUCAUCACAGCUGAUGAAGUUCAUUACUUCUUGCAAGCAGCCAACCCCAAGGAGCGCAUUGAGUGGAUCAAAGCCAUCCAGGUGGCGUCACGGACUGGGAAGUGAGGACAGACGUGCAGGUCCUUGUCCCCGCCUCAGGAAGCCUGUGGAUCAGCUCAGCCCAGAGCUUGUCCACUUCCGUAAUGACUCAUCCUGAAGACCCCAGGGUGGGAGGCCUCCCCAGCACAUAGCUAACCGCGUGGCAUAGUGUCCAUGUGCACUGCCCCGCUCACUGCAGCCUUUCUGCCUCUUUGUGUCCCUUAUAACAAGUUGUGUGGUCCACAUAGGCUGCUUAGCCUUUGUAGGACUUGAGGCCUCUUCUGGAAAGCAAAGGAGGUCCUACCUAGCCGAACACCCAAGUACCCCAUGACCCUAACACCUAUGCAAGUGAGAAUGUCUCUCAUCACCCUGCUGGAGUCCUCCCUUGACUAAGUCUUGGCCUUUAGCUGACCUCAGAUGUGCCACAACCUGAGACAGCACCUCCCUUGAAGCUGUUGCCAGUCUGUACCAGGAGGCCCGGCGUAAGCCUUUUCUGUUCUGUUCAGACGCCUUGUGUUUGUUAUUGGCCAUGGGUCCUAUAAGGAAACGAGGAGGACACGGUCUUCCUAAUCCACUACCCUGCACAGUGACUUCCUGAGAACAGUGGUGCUUUUCAGCAUUAUACCUUCUAUUACUUUUUAUUUUGAGAGAAUGACCUCAGGGAGCCAGGAGGAUCAAAGGUUCUUUCCAAGCCCUGAAACAGCUCGAAUCCCAGAAUUAGGUGAUUGGCUUAUAAGCAUCAACACUGAAAGGACUCAGAUUUACAGAGCUUAUGGUGGCCACUGUUAACAUUGUCACAAUCAAUGCUCCAGGUCAUGAUCCUGUGGUUGUAUCUGAGUUUAAAGCACCAGCAGUAGCAGACCUCAUUCAUUCCAGGCCUCAGAAAUAGAGUGUCCUGUCUUAGGUCAAAAUGGAAACAAACUUCCAGUUUUCCAUCCUGGCCACCAACUAGUGAUGUUUACAAAAGCCAGAAUGAGAGUAUCUGUAAAAUUGAGAGUGUGUGUGAAGGUAUGUUUUUCUAACUCUAGAUUUUUAAUUUUGUGGCUCCAUUAAGAAAAGGCAAGUAGAAAUUUCUCCCUGCUUUUGUUGCCUCCUGUCCUGCCCUCCCUUCUUUCCCCUGUACUACUCCUAAGGUUGCCCCUAAUCCCAGCUUAUUUUGUCAAUGACCUAAAGGUAAAGACUACCUUUUUCUGUAAUAGUUCAGCACACUGGCUUUAUAGAAUACACACAAUAUUUUUCUACAGUCAAUGUAAAAUAUUUAUUAAAAUAUGGGGUCAACCUUGUGUUCUCAAAUAAAUAUGACUUCUUUUAGUGCC